AUGAUGAAUAGCGGUACUUUAAUCUGGUUUCGAAUAUUACUUAUUUUACCAUUUACUUCAAUUCUAACAUUUGUUUUGACCUUAAUUAUAUGUAGUCAAAUACCGAAUAAUAUUCAACCAGGGCAAAACUUACCUCAAAUAUCUGAACUUGGAACAGGUCAAGCACAUUAUUAUUUUAUGUCUGGUUUUAUAAUUUUAAUUCCACAACUAUUAAUCAUGUUUAUUGGUAGACUUCAAUUUCUACUUCAAUCUCAAACAAUUGUUCAUAGGGCUAUAAUAUUUUUUAUUCAUAUUAUUGCAUUUGUCUCUGGUAUCUUUGUUUUAAUUAUGGCAAUUGUAAGCCUUGAUGAUCGUGAAAAUGUACACGACAUUGGCGCCAUUGGCACAUUCGGUUCCAUCUCAAUUUAUUGUAUUCUUCAUACAAUACUGAUAAUCUAUCUUUAUAUUCAUCGAUCAAAAGCUUUCGAACAUUCGAAUAUCAUUUUUCUAUUGUGGUUUCUUGCAUGCACGGUCAUCAUACUUACUUGUUCUAUCAUUUGGGUAAUUACAUUUGCAAGCAUUCCUGAAUAUAUUGCUGCUGGAACACCAUUCCUCUAUUUUCUUGCUUUCACACCACAAUUUUGGGCAAAAGCAAAACAAAGUAAACAAAUUACAAAUAUCUCACUUACUCUACACUAUUCAAAUCGGGAAGAAACUCUAAAUGUCAAUGAAGUGUCUUGA